AUGGCGACCUACUUUCAUGGGAAUCCUGAAAUCCAAGCAGCUGCAGCUUCAGCAGAAGGUCUUCAAACUCUGGUACUCAUGAACCCUACUUAUGUCCAAUACUCCGACACCCCUCCACCACAACCUUCCAACAACGUUUUAUUCCUCAACGCUGCUGCUUCUGCUGCUGCCAACAGCCUCUCUCCUCCACCGCACCUCUCGGGCCACGCGCCAUCGAACACCCAACAAUUCGUUGGCAUACCUUUGGACCCUAACUCUCAUGACGCUUCCACUUUGCAUGGACUUAUCCCGCGUAUCCAUUACAACCUUUAUAAUCCAAUUGACCCUCCGUCGACCGCGCGUGAAACACCACGCGCCCAACAAGGCCUGUCUUUGAGCCUCUCCUCACAACAGCAAGGGGGUUUCGGAUCGCAGGCUCAACCUUUGUCUGGUGAGGAUAUGAGGGUGUCGGGUGGGUCUGUGUCAUCCGGUUCGGGUGUGACAAAUGGGGUACCGGGUAUGCAAGGAGUGUUGUUGAGCUCCAAGUACUUGAAGGCUACUCAAGAGCUACUUGAUGAGGUUGUUAAUGUGAAUAGUAACGGAAUUAAGAGUGAAUUGUCAAAGAAGAGUAAUGGGAUUAGUAGUAAUAAUAGUCAUAAGGUAGUUGGAGAAUCAUCAGCCGGUGAAGGGUCUGGGGAAGGAGAAGCAAGUGGGAAGCGUGGACUGGAGCUUUCGACUGCAGAGAGGCAGGAAAUUCAGAUGAAGAAGGCAAAGCUUAUUAGUAUGCUUGAUGAGGUGGAGCAAAGAUACAGGCAGUAUCAUCACCAGAUGCAGAUAGUGAUUUCCUCGUUUGAGCAAGCAGCUGGAAUUGGUUCAGCAAAGACGUACACAGCUCUUGCGCUGAAAACAAUCUCCAAGCAGUUUAGGUGCUUAAAAGAUGCAAUAACAGGCCAAAUUAAAGCUGCAAACAAAAGCUUAGGUGAAGAGGAUUGCUUAGGAGGAAAGAUUGAAGGUUCAAGGCUUAAAUUUGUCGAUCAUCACCUUCGGCAACAGCGGGCGCUUCAACAGUUGGGAAUGAUCCAGCACAAUGCUUGGAGACCCCAGAGAGGAUUGCCUGAAAGAUCAGUUUCAGUCCUCCGUGCUUGGCUCUUCGAACACUUUCUCCAUCCCUAUCCCAAGGAUUCAGACAAGCACAUGCUCGCAAAACAAACAGGGCUCACGAGGAGCCAGGUGUCUAAUUGGUUCAUAAAUGCUCGAGUUCGACUUUGGAAGCCAAUGGUAGAAGAAAUGUACAUGGAGGAAAUUAAGGAACAAGAACAGAAUGGAUCAGAUGACAAAACGAGCAAGAGCGAACACAAUGAAGAUUCUGCUUCAAGGUCGGUUCUGCAAGAGAAAGGUUCAGCUAGCGAAAAUCAAACUAGAAGUUUUAAGUCCUUGGACAAUUCACCAGAUGCUCCUUCCGCGAUCUCAAUACCCACAGCUUCAACAUCUCCUGUUGGAGGAAACGUCCGAAACCAGUCUGGAUUUUCCUUCAUAGGAUCAUCAGAAUUAGAUGGGAUCACACAAGGGAGCCCAAAGAAACCAAGAAGCCAUGAUUUGAUACAGUCCCCAACUAGUGUGCCAUCCAUAAACAUGGAUAUCAAGUCUGAUGAGGCAAACAAUGAGCAGAUUUCUAUGAAAUUCGGCAACGAGAGGCAGAGUAGGGAUGGCUACUCAUUCAUGGGAGGCCAAACCAACUUCAUUGGAGGUUUUGGGCAAUACCCAAUUGGCGAAAUUGGGAGGUUUGAUGGAGAGCAGUUCACACCACGGUUUUCUGGCAAUGGUGUUUCUCUCACUCUUGGGCUGCCCCAUUGUGAGAACCUCUCCUUAUCAGGAACUCAUCAAACUUUUCUUCCUAACCAAAACAUUCAGUUGGGAAGAAGAGUAGAAAUCGGCGAACCAAAUGAGUUUGGAGCCAUUAACACAUCCACACCUCACUCUUCAAGUGCAUACGAGAGCAUUGACAUUCAGAAUCGAAAGAGGUUUAUAGCCCAACUGUUGCCAGACUUUGUGGCCUGA